AUGGCAGCUUCUGGCCCUACUCGGCCCCCUCGGUCCUCGAAGCUCACCAGGGAGUCCUCGGCAAGCGGACUCAUAUCUGUGAUCAGGAACCUCUCCUCGUCACAGGACAAUGAAGACAGAGAUCGCGAGAAGACGAGACUUGAGAAGGAGUUCAAACGUUCCGAUCAACGUUUGGACGUACUGAUCGAUAGUCACAGAGAUGCCCUCAUCCGAGCCAUGCAGGACUUCAACAAGAUAUCCACCCGGAUAACUUCGGCCAGAGAUCGUGUCAAACAGGUGAAGCAAAAACUUCAAACCAGUAAGAUUUUGCUCCAAUGUAAACGCGACGAGCUUCGACGAUUGUGGCUCGAGUCAGUGGAACAUUCUCAUGUACUCCAACUCUUGGAGCAGAUCGAAGGUUUGAACUCGGUUCCCCACAAGCUCGACAAGUUCAUCAAAGUUGGCCGCUAUCUGCGAGCCACGAUGGAUCUCGUGAAGAGCGUCUCGCUUCUCAAAGGGGACCUUGCCGAUGUGGAUGCCCUCAGAGAGGUGAAAGACAGUCUACAACAGCAGAAAGAACAGCUGCACGAAACUUUGAUAGAAGAGCUCCACAAGCACAUAUACGAUGAAGUCACACAGGAAUGUUUGAAUAAUUUCCUCAAGAUGGGUCGAACGCCGAGAACUGAGAAUCAUAUCAGCCAACGCAUUCCCGCCUCAGUCGAUAUCGACGAACUGCUCAAGAUGGAAGACAGCCUAGAUAAACUCGAUUCGGAAAAGCAAGCCAUUAUUUUGGUCAGGUGUCUCGUGCUGCUCGAGAAGAUACCGGAGAGUGUAGAAAUGAUCAGAGAGCGAUGUCAAGGUCAUCUGUAUAACUCGGUCUCACGGACGACCGCUGCUGUCCUGAAAGGUGGAGAAGGACCCGAACGACUCCUCCAACUGCUCGAUUUGAUUUUCGCACAAUUUAGAACCAUCGCCAAGAGACACGAAUUGGUUCUAUUGCAUCUCCAGCCCCGAGAGGAGAUCGUUCGCGACGAAGAGGGCAUCGCCUUAUCGAUGCUGUAUACCAUGGAGGAUAUCCACUCGAAGAUGCAACAUGUUCUGACCACGCUAUUGAAUUGUUACCUGGGUGCUUCGAGCGUGCGCCAGGAGAACCACAGCGGUUUCGGUGCUCCGGGCAGCGAGAACGUGGACAUAAAUCUGUUCUUUGUGAGACGCCGUCCCUUCGGAAAUUCCGCCAACCCCACGAAACAGAGAAAAUUCACACUGUUCAAAUUCGAUAACUCGCAGUUGGCCAUAUCCAAGAGCUGCUACCUUCAGGAACAACAAGUUAUCAACAGAGACCGGCAGACAGAUUCUAAUAGCUGCGGCUCGUUUUCAGCCGAUGGUAUCGCCGGGGGUGCUUGGGAUCACGUCGUGUGUACACCCUCAUACAAAAAUAUCACCUAUAUGUUCAGACCGAUGCUUCACUUCGUCGAAGAGAUGGAAGACGCUCAGAACAGCCCUCUGCACAAUGUCCUUACAGGAGCUGUCGGAGGUUUCUUGGGCAUGGUCAACGACGAGCUGCAGACGGUGGUCGAGCAAUCUGCGAAACUUCUGGAGGACUUCCGGGUGAUAACAGAUGCCGACACCCUGAAAUCAAUGAAGGUCACUCGGCCUCUUCUGCACAGCUGCGUCGCGAUCGAAGGCAUUAUUCAAGUGCUUCGUGAACACGCUCAAGCUCUUCCUCAAUUCGCAUUUGAGUUUGUUGAGAAGGCGUGCUACGUCGUGGCUCAGUACAGAGAGAUCGCAGAAACAGCCUACCGGACAAUUGUGCCUCCGCAAGAAAUACGACAAACGAUCAGCAACCACUGGAUUUCUGAUCCGGAUAUCUGCCGCUGCCUCAUGGGACUUCCGAACUGGAUCAAUCUCAUUAUGCCCACGGACCACGAGGAGCUGGAGGAGAGUCCUGAAGACAUUCGCCUACGUAAUCAGCAAGAAGUGGGAAUUCUGCUCUCGAAUCAUGGUCAGAAGAAAGUCAUUCCAUCUUCGGAGAUAUUCAGCAAUAUCCAUGAUCUGAAAAUGGUUGCUCAUCUAUCGGAGGGUCUGGAGUGGUUGAGCUCGAGAAUCGGAGAGAUAUGCGAAUCUCUGAAGGUCGACAAAAUACAUCAAACCGACGAUGCGAGGCUUCAGGAAGCCGUGAAGAAACUAAAGGAUCUGUCCUCAGAACUCCAACAGAAGGCGAACAUCUGUCUUUUGUUGCUUCAUCUCGAGGUCCGCGUGCACUGCUUCUAUUAUCUUUUGCCACUGGUGGCUGAAGGACAUUUCACGACGUCCGGAAAUUCGGUGGACGGUCAAGACACGGACAGGCAGGUCCUGGAGCUCACCGAGGAUCUUACUAAGAUUGAAGAAGCCCUCAGCACCGCUGUGCACGCCAGGAAACAUAAAUAUGUUUUCGAAGGAUUGGGUCAAGUCGUCGCUGUUAUCCUCAUGAGUGCAGUUCCCCAAAUCCACCGCAUCAAUGACCUGGGAGUUAAGAGGAUCUGCCGGGAUAUCCACGCAAUACAGCAGAAGCUCACGGCCAUAGCAGCCGGUCGAGAGGUUUCUUUGGAUCACGCGAGACAGUAUUUCGAGCUUAUGCUGCUCCCGGCUCAAGAGGUCCUGAAUGGCAUCGUUGAGAACGGACCGCAAUUCCAACACCUGGAAUACAAGAACCUCUUGGAACUGCUGUGCAGAUCUCGACCCGACGAGAAGGAUAAGGCUGAUUGGUAUAACAACCGCUUGAAAGACAUCCUAUCUGAUGUUCCCGUCAAAAUUUGAUACGAUGUCGGCAAUCCAGCGAUCGGAGCCCUCAACAUCAGCCUCCCGGAGGACACCUGUGGUGGAUUGCCCCGGCGAUUCAGCUGCGAGCAUCCCACGAGGCAAUAUCCCGAAUGC